AUGAUAGAGACCGAAAUUGAGGAAGCAGAUGAUUCUAAAUCUGGUGAUGGAGCAGGUACCUCUCUAAUAGAUAAAAAAACAGGCCCUUCUCAAGCAGAUAGAACAGCAGGCCCUCCUCAAUCAGAUGAUGAUGAUGACCUUGUCCAGCCUUUCUCUAUGAAGGAACUGUGCCUCAUGAGAAAGGACGUCACCUACAUUGACGCUGUGAGAUACCCCCACAAGGGUGACAUCGAAUGGUGCCGAAGCAGAACACCCACUCUUGAGAAAGCCAUCAUGUAUUUGAGAGAAAUAGCUGUGCGAGAGGUGAUCUAUGAUAAAGAUGGACUUAAAAAUCCCGAUGACAUUCUGUGCAACACACAAAUGUUCCGGAGUCCUCCUGUUCACCAUCAGAGAGCAAGAAGGGAUUGUCUUUCUCAACACAAUUCUUUUAGCCAAGGUGAAAACUACCACCAUCUCUCCUAUGGACGGCAGCAAGCAAUAGAAGAGCCCCAAGCUUUUAACCCUCCAAAUAUAUCCCAUCGUAUGUUGUCCCCAGCUGCUCACCCACCACAGCAGAACACAGUGAUGGUUGACAUUCAUGAUCAGAUCCAGCAGGGCGCAGUCCCUGUCUCAUACACGGUGACAACGGUGGCGCCGCAUGGAAUUCCACUUUGUACAGCCCAGUGCAUACCACCCUGCAGCACACAGCAGGUCCCAGGUUGUUCUGUGGUAUUCAGUGGACAGCACUUUCCUAUCUGUAGUGUGCCUCCUCCAAUGCUUCAGGCAUGCUCAGUCCAACAUCUACCAGUACCAUACACAGCGUUCCCACCUCUGAUUUCUAAUGACCCAUUCCUUUUGCAUCCUUCUCACCUCUCUCCACAUCACCCAUCUCACCUGCCACCUCCAGGGCAAUUUGUUCCCUUCCAAACACAGCAAUCACAUUCAUGUGUUCAUGUUCUACUGUAUGGCAACCCUACCUUCCAGUGUAUGGACUUUUCUCUGCAAUUUGAUGUCAGCCAUAGACUCCAUGAGCAAGUACUCUGUGUCUUCCAGGCAAUUGAUAAUGUUGUUAAAUACGAUAGGUCCCUGAAGUAUACCACUUGUUACCAGCAUCUUGGUAGACUACAAUCCAUUAACCACUAUGAUCUAAGCCUGAUCAUCCAAAUAUUUUAUCCAUCUGGCUGUCCGCCCAUCCAGACUGUAACAUCCAAACUUGGUUACAAGAAUAUUGUGGGAGACAGCGUCAAAAGUCUUGCUAAAUUUGAGAAUGAAGUAGAACUGCUUGGAGAACAUCUUCCUAUUGAAAGCUUUACCUACCCUCCAUCAGCUCAUCCACCAACAUUGCCUUCCUCAGCUCCUAUCCAAUUCUUAACCCAUGAUCCUUUACAUCAAGAGGUUUCAUUUGGAGUUCCUUACCCACCUUUUAUGCCUCGAAGACUUACAGGGCGCAGUAGAUACCGAUCACAGCAACCAAUAUCACCACACUCAUACCAUCCCAGUCUAUUACCAUAUGUGCUAUCAGUGCUUCCAGUGCCACAUGCAGUCGGACCAGCUUUCAGUUUUGAGUUGAGCAUGGAAGAUGGAGAGGUGGAAAACUACGAGGCACUACUGAAUUUGGCAGAACGUCUAGGAGAAGCCAAACCUCGAGGACUGACAAAGGCAGACAUUGAACAGCUCCCAUCUUACAAGUUCAAUCCAAGCAAUUAUCAAUCAGAACAGACAUUGUGUGUAGUGUGUAUGUGUGACUUUGAGGCAAGGCAGCUACUUAGAGUCUUACCCUGUAACCAUGAGUUUCAUGCCAAAUGUGUUGAUAAAUGGCUUAAGGCAAAUCCUACCUGCCCAAUUUGCAGAGCUGAUGCUUCAGAAGUGCAUUGUGAUUCAGAAUGA